AUGGGCAAGGGCGACAUGAGUUUGAAGAGAUGCUCCACAUCUACCGAUACUUCUCUUUCUAGGGAUGAAAUCAAGAACCUAUUGCGUACACGUUUCCGUAGGUGUGGAGAGAUCAAGAGGGUUUUUGUUCCCUUUGAGUGUCUAACCGGUGUUACCGUUGGGUAUGAUUUCAUUGAUGUGGAAGAUACAGAAUCUGCGUUAUAUCUCAAUGGAACUGGCUUUGGAGAAGAAUGCAAGAUUGAUGUAAUGAUGGCUAAAUAUAGAAUGGAAUCCACUAUGGAUACCAUGAAGGGCUGUGACCUCUAUCAAAACAAGUCUGCUUGA